AUGAUAAUUUCAGCUUUAGAUCCAGCCUUUCCGUUGUUCUACGGAUCUUUUUCGAGUCAUUUAAGUAAACAUGAUGCCGAUUUCGUUGAUGUCAUUCAUACAGAUGCUUGGAUUUAUGGUGCACCAGUAAGUACCGGCACUGCAGAUUUUUGGCCUAAUGGUGGUACUACACUACAACCGGGUUGUCCUAGACGAAAUUAUAAAGCCCUUACAGACAUUGAUUUGUGCAGUCAUCGCCGAUCAUGGUGGUUUUGGGCUGAAAGUGUUAAAAAGGAAUUUCCAGAAAAAUUCUACGCAGUUAAAGUGAAAAAUUGGGCAGAUUUCAAAAAUGGCAAAUUUAUAGAUAACGAGGAUUACAGGGUUAUCAUGGGCCAUGAUUGUCCUACGGACAUUUCAGGUGACUAUUACUUGCAAACUAAUGGUGUCCCACCAUAUGCAAGGAACCUUGCUGGCGUAAGUUAUGUUCACCCGACGAAGCUUAAAGGAAAUACUCCCGAUGAAUCUAAAAAAGUGGAGUCAACAAAAACAUAGCACAUGGAUAAUUUUUCAUAGUAUACCAUAAAUUAAGUUUUUUUCUGAAAACAUGUAUACAUAUUUGUAAAUUAUCUGUUCGCUACUACAUAUGGCCAAUUCUACGGCUGGUAACGUUACA